AUGGCAGGCAAGAAGAAACCAGACCCGUCGUUAAAGGGCAAGAAGCCCAUGAACAAGGCGAGAAAAGGCAAAGCAGGUACCAUGACGCGAAUGAGGAAUCCCAGCCACAUUGGCAACAAGCUCAAGCGCAGCGAAAUGUACGGCAAGUACCUGGAACAAAAACGCAAACUCAAGGAUGAAGCUCGUCGAGAACGUCGUGAAAAGGAAGCUACCGCACUGGGUGAUGACGAUGAAAAAGCCAAGCAAACACCUCGAACAUUGGAUAAUGCUCGUGAAGCCGAAGCUACCCUGGUGGCUGCCGACGAUGUGGAAGUGCAACGAGAUGAAGACGAGGAUGAAUUUGCACCGUAUUUUGAUGGAGAGCGUCAACCCAAAGUGCUCAUUACCACGCGUCCUCGACCUUCCCAGAAUCUAUUUUAUUUCAUUGCCGAUCUCCAACAACUCAUUCCAGGCCUGAGCUUUUACCCUCGCAAGUCGUUUAGCGUCAAGGAAAUUUGUCAAUUUGCACAAAACAGAGAUUUCACUCACGUCAUUAUCCUCUCGGAGAAGAGCAAACAAUGCAACGGCAUGACCAUUAGUCACGUCUCCAAGGACAUGGCCGGUCCUACCGCUUUUUUCAAAGUCUCCAACGUCGUGACAGCCCAGAAAAUCCCCAAACACGGACGCGCCACUCAUCACAUUCCAGAACUCAACUUGCAUGGAUUUGCCACUCGCAUGGGACAUCGGAUCGGACGAUUGCUGGGAUCGCUCUUUCCCGCACGGGAUGCCGAAUUCCAAGGACGACAAGUCGUGACGUUUCACAAUCAGCGCGAUUUUUUGUUUGUCCGGCAUCAUCGCUACAUUUUUGAUGAAAUCGAAGACGAAGCCAAAAUCAAACGACAGGAAAAGGACAGUCCCAUGCCACACAUUAAUACGCGGUUGCAGGAAUUGGGGCCUCGGUUCACCUUGAAACUCCGAUGGUUGCAAGAAGGAACCUUUGACACGCAGUUUGGAGAAUACGAGUGGAUUCACAAGCGCAAGGAAAUGGAUAUCACGCGACGAAAGUUUCACUUGUAA